AUGACAGCAGUGUGGAGCUCAAGGACAUACAGACUACCCUUUAACCCUCCUCCGCCAGAAGUAUUCACUAAUUCGGCUGAGAAGUUAAUUUUGAAAGUUCCUACUGAGGGUCUACGGAGAAAAAGAACUCUUGGUAGUACGGAGCAACUGAAACAUUCCCAGCACAAAUUAAAAGCUAAGACUCUUCCGCCUAAAGGGGAGCCAGGAAGACCGGGAGAACAAGGGAUCUCUGGGCCACCUGGAAUACCGGGUGAAACUGGUGAUGCUGGAGGUCCUGGAAUUCUCGGUAGACCGGGGGAAGUCGGAGCUCCAGGGGGUCAAGGUCCCCCCGGUCCUGUUGGAAGUGCCGGUCCCUCGGGAAUAACACUUAUUGGGGCUCCUGCAGGGACGCUUCUAUCACAAGACGAGAUUGACCAGAUCUUGCAAAUAUGGACUUCUAUGCAACGACAAGUGGGAACGUAUGGAAGGAGAGGAGAGAUCGGCGCUAUUGGACUCCCCGGGGAAUCUGGUACACCGGGCCUUCCCGGUGAGCGUGGACCUCGUGGACCGAAAGGAAGUCUGGGUGAACCGGGCCCCUCAGGUGACAAUGGACCGACAGGUGAUCCGGGAAGGCCUGGAAAGGACCAACCUGGGCGAAGAAAACGACGAUCUGCUUCCAAUGAAGUGAACGACCAGGUACGAUGGACCUACAACCACAGUGGGGGAGGUGGGCGAGGGGAAGCUCCUAACCACAAUUUGACGGUAUCGAGUAUUCAGCUCAUGUUACUUCCGAGGAACUAUUAUGAACGUUUCCGAACACGAAGAUCUCCCGAGCGGUCUUGUGGAUAUCGAAAGGUGAUCCGAAAUGCCUCCGAAUCUUUCAGUGAUGUCUACCAAUUGAACCAAGUUACGCGAGCCGAAAUGGCUUGA